CGGUGACAGAGUCCCGUGCGUGAGUCGACGGCAGCAUCAUCAUACGGACCAGCCAUACACUCAGCAUGAUCAAAACCGGCUCCAUGAAGGCGGGCCUGCCCAAGCCAGGACAGCCAGAACGUGUAAAGCAGUCCUCAGGAGGCCCAGGUUCCUCAUCCAAUCCUUCCUCAGCCAUGAAGACCUCGAGAUCUUCGCACACGCUGUCGUCGGACCAGCGGCAUAGCAAGCUGAAGCGGGCCAACAGUGAUGACGCCUUGACGAAACCUGCUGGACCUAGUGCUUCAGCCUCACGUAUGAGGAAGACAGUAACCACAGGGGCUAUUUCAGACCUCGCCGAAGCACGCCCUCGCAGUCUCAGUGGUGUCAAGAAGUCAGGCAUCCCAUCUCCCAGAGAUGUCCCUGCAACGAUAACCAGGGACCGUCUGUCUCUUAGGGAGCAGCUCAAGACCUCCUCCACCAGGAGGAUGGUUUCAAGUGCGAGUACAUCCAGUCUAUCAACGAUGACAAAACAAGCGCGAAGCACUAACAAGUCUCGCCAGGAAGCAUGUGACCAGGAGAGGGGUCUUCUGGAGAGUCGGAUGAAAGAGUUGAUGGAUGAGGCCAAGGUUAAAGACUUGGAGAUCAGCAACCUGAAGAUGGAGUUGCAUCGCUGCAAAGAGAAAGCUGUUCCGCCCUCGCCUUCCUCUCCACAUGUUUGUGAACCUGAAACGCCUGAAGAAGAACAAGAAGAGGCGCAGGUGGAAGAGGCUCUUGUUCUGGUCGGUGAGUUGAGAGAGAAGAACGCCAAGUUUCAGAGAGAACUGGCUGCCCUGAGGGUAGAGAACCAAGACCUGAAGGAAAAGCUUUUGAGCUUAGAGGUUUUGUCCCCUCAGACUACGACCCCCAGCAGUCCUUUAAACACACUGUUGAAUGGAAGCCCUCCUGCGUCCUCUUCACUACAACAGUCCAGUGUUACGUCCACUGCUACUGCUGUAUCCUCCAGUUCAGAUAUCACUAAGGACUCGCCGUCACCAGAUUCUUCUGAGUUUGAGAACAUCGCGUCCCAUUCAGGAUCUGUCAGCAGUGGCAUCAGUGGAGAAGCAGCGUGUACAGUGGGACAGGAUGCGUCAGUGAAGCAGCUGACAGAGCAAAUUCACAAGAUGGAGGAGAGCCACCAUUGCACCGCUGAAGAGCUGCAGGCUACUCUGCAGGAGCUUGCCGAUCAGCAGCAGGUGGUGCAAGAGCUGACGGCUGAAAAUGAACGUCUGGCUCAGGAGAAGCGUCUCCUGCAGACUUCACUGCAACAACAGAGAGAACGUGUGGAGGUGCUGUCACAGAAGAAUGACACGCUGACUAGCAGACUACAGGAGCAAGUUCCAGCUGAGGCCCAGAGGGAGGCGGAUCCUGGCAGCCAGUUGGACCAAAUGUAUGCUGAGUUGGUGGAGAAUUCACAUUUUGAACGUGAGAAGCUUGUGAACAUCCAGCAACAGUUGACAGGCAGCCUUCGGGUUCUGGAGGCGGAGCACCAUGAGGCUCAGAGCCAGGUGCUCCGCCUCCAAGAGGAGAUGAAGAAGCUGCAGGCUGAGCUGGAGAAAGCGCUGGAAGCCAGAGGUCAAGCAGAUCAGACUGUGGAGGACCAUAAAGUCUCAGCAGAUUGUCUUAGAGUAGAAAACAGCCGAUUAAGAGCGCAGGUUGACAUCGAGAGGCAGAAGGUGGUGGAGCUGAUGUCCAUGCAGAGUUCCAGUGACAGUUCUGAACUUCAGAGUCUCUUGAAGACUGCCCACACUGAAAGAGACAGCUUGGAGGUGGAAGUGACUGUGGUCAGGCAGCGUGUCCUCCAGGCCCAGGCUGAGAAUGAGCAAGUUCAAGCUGCAAUGUCAAAGGUUGAAGCUAAAUGCCGGCAGAUCCAGGCGCAGGCUGAAAGUAGGGAGCAGGAGCUCCUUUGCCGGGUGGCGUCCUUGGAGCAGGCCGUCGUUCCAACAGACAAGCAGGUGAAGGAGAUGAAGGAGACCAUCUUUGAGCUGGAGGAUCAAGUGGAGCAGCAGAGAGCCAUCAGUCUCCACACCAAUCAGAACGUCAUCGACUUGGAGAAUCUGGUGAAAAGGCUGCAGGAGCAGAAAGCAGAUGCAGAACGGCAACUCAAGGUCUUCACCCGUCAGAUGAAGGAGGAGAAGGAAGACUGGCGUAGGUUUCAGGCUGAUCUCCAGACUGCUGUUGUUGUGGCCAACGACAUCAAGGUCGAAGCGCAACAGGAGCUGCGGACUCUCAGAAGGCAGCUCCAGGAGGAGCAGGAUCAUAGUGCAAAACUGUCGGCGGACCUUGAGGCGCUGCAGGGAUUGAGGUCUGAGGGAACCAAGGUCAACGCUCCAGACACGGAUGGCAGGCGUCACUGGUGUGGAGGAGAUGCUGACCUACAAUCUGGAGUCAAGUCCCUCAUAAAGACCUUUGAUGCAGAUGGUCCAGAACACUCGUCUACGAGAAGCCCGUUCAGUGGGAUUCCUGUGCGCUCUCCCCCUGCUGCCGCCAUCUCUCCAAUGCAGAGGCUGACACAAGUUGGACCGCUGCCAAAGUCUCUGGGAAAACAAAUGACACUGGGGAACCUCCUGAAUCAUCAUGCCAAAUUACCAAGCAGCAAAGAAGAGACAAAGCCCAGCAGCCUGAUGAGGAAGAGCCCAUCCCUGGAGUCGGUGAUCAAAGCUCCAUUUUGCCUCAGCGGGCGAGCUGUAUCCUUCAACUGCAGCAGAGCCAACGGCAGGCUCAGUGUGGAGAGGAAAGACCCCUUGGCUGCACUGGCUCAAGAGUACGGAGGAUCUAAAAGAAAUGCUCUACUGAAAUGGUGCCAGAAGAAAACAGAGGCCUAUCCGAAUAUUGAGGUGACCAACUUCAGCAGCAGUUGGAGCGACGGUCUGGCCUUGUGCGCCCUCCUGCAUACAUAUCUGCCAGCCCACAUCCCCUAUCAGGAACUCAUCAGUCAAGAUAAGGUCCGGAAUCUAACCCUGGCCUUCCAGGCAGCCGAGAGCGUCGGUAUCAAGCCUUCACUGAACAUGGAGGAGCUGACCAAGACAGACCGACCGAACUGGCAGAGUGUGAUGCUCUAUGUCUCGCAGAUCUAUAGGUACUUUGAGACCUGAGGUGGAAGGGACGUGCGAAGUGGAGGCACUACAGAAUGUCUUCAACACCUCAACAUCUGCAAUGACACAACCAGAGCAACCUCCCGAUCAUUGACUUUUGAUCUGAGACCUCUGGUUUGAUGGUGUACACUAGUGAGAAACGGAGGAGGAGGUGUGGUGUGCUCUAUUGUCAAUACCUGUGCGAUGUCUUCCUGACAAAACACACUCAUCCGCGUGAAAACCUACAAAAGAUAUGCACGUCACAUUGUCAAGUGUAAUGACAGAGAUGACUCACCCCUGUCUCGAGUCUCUUUACAGC